UUAUGUCUGGAUAUGAGCUCAAACCAAUUCCGAUUAGAGUAGAGAUAGGAUGUAACAUAUGGUACAAGCGCUUCUACUAGGGAUCCACGCCUGGGGCUGCGCUGCUCGAUGGCGGGCCAGCCUGAAUCUGUCGUUCUGUCGUUCCCUUCUCCUCGUCGCACACCAUGUUUACAAACCAGACCUCUCAGCGGCGUCCCAGUGGUGCUCCGAAUAACCCAGGUCAAGGUGCUGCCAGUACUAGUGUGGGGGUUGAUCAAGACAACCAACAGCAAAUAACAGAGGCGUACCGUGCUCAAUUACACUCCAUUCCACACUUGUCCCCACUCCAUCGUGUUGGGAAUAACUUGAACCCGCUGCAGCACGAUGAUCCGUUCACAAAUAGUCAAGGAUUCCCUACCCCUUCACCGGACCUUCGUCACCUGCAGGGAUUUCCUACGCCGUCGCCAGAUCUUGGUCGUCAAGGGCCAUAUAUGUAUGGUGGUGGACAACAGCAGACACCCGCGCUGCUUAGCAUGAGAUCUGGUGGUCCGAGUCAAGGUGGUUCUCCAGAUGAGUAUCAGCAACGCUAUUUGUUUCAUCAGCAAAAAGCAGCACCGCAAAUGAAUCAAGGUCCAUACCAGCAUGGCUCCCACACGUAUGACGAACAGUUGCAGAAUCUUAACUCUAUGGUCGCGAAACUCGUCUCUGAGGUAGCAAUGCUGUCGGAAAGUAACCAACAAAUUCUUCUUGUUAAUGCACAACACUCUGUCGCCAACGAUACACUUACCUUGCAAGUCAAGACCUUAGAAGAUCAAGUUCAAACAUUGAAAAAUGAUAUCUCGGAGUUGCAACUUGAAGCUACUGCAAAAUCGCAGAAGAAAUCGAGCGGAAAGAACAUUUCCAAUGACCACCCCGCCUUAAAACAACUGAUCCCGCCGAUGUUUUGCAACCUUUGUGGAAUCGAUACUACCUUGAAUAGAAAUCAGCGACCGGAGGUGUUAGGUGCCAUUCAACCACUAGAGAAUGGAGCAUUUUACGAGACAAGCGAAUCUGGAGGCAAGACGAUCCAAGUCUGGCACCCAAACUGGUUGGGACAAGUAGAUGAAAGCGUGAAUGCAAAGUUCAUAAAAGAGGUUGCUGACUGUGUCUAUAAUGAUGAGAAGCACUGCCGCGAGAGCCUCCACACAAAGGGGGAGAUCCCUGACGAGGACUUUAAUAUGCAGGUCAUUAUGCAAUGCACGAAGGAUUACUUUCGCAACAUACACAAGCAAGUGUUGAGUCGUAGUGAUGUCGGAAAGGCCAAGAAGGCCCAGGAGAAGAAGGAUCAAAUUCGUCAGCGGACUCGUCGUCAAACAGCUACAAAAAACCGUCGGCUAGCAGCGCUUGACUGGGAAAAAGAGACUGGUAACGUUGGAGCUGUUGCAAUGAUAGACACAGAUUUUGCAUCCGACAUCUUGUCAUAUGAUGAGGGUGAUCUGAGCGAGGACAAGUUGAAUCGAAGAGCGAAGUCUGGGGCAGGCAAAGGUGCAAAUAUGGCUGUGGGGUUGGAAUGGCGUUCACCUCAAUUUGUCGCAUUUGGACGAUUCCUAACGCUCCGGAGCUUGAAGACUCCAGAUGACAGCAAAAAGGCACUGUCAGAGGCAAACACCGCAGCUACUACAGAGGGAAUGUCAUCAGCAACAAAUCCAGGCACCAGAGAGCGUCCAAGUAAGCGUCGUAGGACCACAGCAGGCCAAAACAAGAAGUUGAUCAAGAAGACUUUUGACAUCAACCCCGAUCAAAUGAACAAGAAUCCCCCAAAGUCGGCAAGGAAAAACGCACCAUUUGAGAAUAUGGUCGCUAAUCACUGGAAGAAAGCUCACCCUGACAUGGCGAUGCUUCAAGGUGUCGAGUGGCUGAAGGGAUUUUGGGAUGAGGCGCAGAAAGAUGACUUUAUCGCAGAGGACUGGGACUAUUUGGUCGAGCUCGCAAAGUGGCACAAGAAGGAGGAGGAGGAGGGUCUAGACACAAGUGAAAACGAGUCUGUUGCUGGAUCGCCUUAG